AUGGUCAAUAUGCCUCUCUUUCUGUUACUCAAGGACGCAAGGAGUGUUUUCCGGAAGGAUGAGUUGGGGCUGGAGAUAGCACAAAUUGCAAUUCCUGCAGCACUUGCUUUAGCAGCAGAUCCUAUUGCUUCAAUAAUUGACACAGCAUUCAUUGGCCAUAUAGGCCCUGUGAAGCUUGCUGCCGUUGGGGUUUCUAUUGCUGUUUUCAAUCAAGUGUCCAAGAUUGCAAUAUUCCCACUUGUCAGUAUUACAACUUCUUUUGUUGCCGAGGAAGAUGCUACUGGAGGAUCGACUGCUGAAGAACAUGAAGAUGCAACACUUGAAGGCAGUUUUUCUGUCAAUAAAGAAGUGGAAGAGCUGUUGUCUAAAUCUGAGUCCACAUACAAAUCAUCAUCUAUGAGCAGUAGUUACACCAAAAGGGAGUAUGAGAGAAGGCAUAUUCCAUCUGCUUCUUCUGCUUUGCUUGUUGGUUGUGUUCUUGGAAUAAUCCAAGCUUUAUUCCUCGUUUUUUCUGCUAAACCAAUCCUGAACUACAUGGGUGUAAAUUCUGAUUCUCCAAUGCUAAUACCAGCAGAACGAUACUUGAUAUUGAGGUCACUUGGUGCUCCUGCUGUUCUUCUUUCCUUGGCUAUGCAAGGAGUUUUUCGAGGAAUUAAGGACACAAAAACUCCUUUAUAUGCUACCGUUAUUGGAGAUGCGGCAAACAUUGUUUUAGAUCCGAUAUUUAUAUUCAUAUUCCAAAUGGAUGUCAGUGGUGCAGCUAUUGCGCAUGUCAUUUCUCAGUACUUAAUCUGUGUAAUACUGUUGUGGAAAUUAAUUGAACACGUUGAUCUACUAUCACCAAGCAUUAAAGACCUCCAAUUUGGCCGAUUUCUCAAAAAAGGGUCUCUUCUACUGAUGAGAGUGAUAGCUGCAACAAUCUGUGUCACUCUGGCAGCAUCAUUGGCUGCAAGACACGGAUCAACAUCAAUGGCUGCGUUUCAGGUUUGCUUGCAGAUUUGGUUAGCAACCUCUUUGCUUGCUGAUGGUCUGGCUGUGGCUGGACAGGCAAUCCUAGCAAGUGCAUUUGCAAAGAAGGAUUAUGACAAAGCCAAGGCCACAGCUUCUCGUAUAUUACUGUUUGCUUUGGUCCUUGGUCUAGUGCUCUCGAUUUUCCUUUCAGUUGGAUUACAGUUUGCUUCAAGAUUGUUUACAGAAGACGUCAAUGUCUUGCACCUCAUUAGCGUGGGCAUUCCGUUUGUUGCAGCAACUCAACCUAUCAAUGUCUUAGCCUUUGUUUUUGAUGGAGUCAACUAUGGAGCGUCAGAUUUUGCAUAUUCUGCAUACUCAAUGGUUUUGGUGGCAAUAAUAAGCAUUCUUUGCUUAUUUACACUAUCCUCAAGUCAUGGUUAUGUUGGCAUCUGGGUUGCGUUAAACAUUUUUAUGAGUUCGCGUGCAUUUGCUGGUUUUUUAAGGAUAGGAACUGGUAUGGGGCCUUGGAACUUUCUUAAGAGCUGA